GGGUAUAACCGGGUGGCUCAGAGGCAGGGCGGGCGUGGCCAGGGUGGGGACGUGGACUGAGCCUGGCUUCCCGGUCGCUGGGGUCUGGGGCGUCUCCGAUGAUAUCUUUAUAAGGCACAAGUGAAAGGGAACGUGGGUGUGACCUGUAGCCUUGUCUCCGAGGGGGACAAUAAAGUUUGAGAAGUUUGAAAAGGGGAGAGAAAGUGCACGCCCCUUCGGCUACGGGGUGUGGCCAGAGCUCGGCGAGGCGCUUGGAGGAGGGUGCGCGCGACAUGGGGGUCACCGUGGACGUUCACCAGGUGUUCCAGUACCCCUUCGAGCAGGUGGUCGCCUGCUUCCUCCGAAAGUAUCCCAACCCCAUGGAUAAAAAUGUCAUCUCUGUAAAAACUGUGGAAGAAAAGAAAGAUGAAUCAACAGGACUCAUCUAUAGAAAGAGGAUUGCUAUCUGUCAGAAUGUGGUUCCAGAAAUUUUAAGAAAGGUGAGUAUUUUAAAGGUACCUAAUGUCCAGCUAGAAGAGGAGUCGUGGCUCAGUCUCCAGGAAAGGAACAUGGCUAUUCGGAGUCACUGUCUCACGUGGACACAGUAUGCUUCCAUGAGGGAAGAGUCUGUCUUCCGGGAAAGUGUGGAGAAUCCAAAUUGGACAGAGUUUAUUCAAAGAGGCAGAAUUUCAAUCACAGGGGCUGGAUUUCUCAACUGCAUAUUGGAAACUUUUGCUAGUACUUUCUUAAGACAUGGAGCCCAGAAGGGAAUUAGAAUAAUGGAGAUGCUGCUAAAGGAACAGUGUGGUGCCCCCUUAGUGGAAUAAAGAAUCAUCAAAUCCCUUCUCAGCCACGACAUCACAGGCACAAUUAUUGGAUGCAAGUUUCAGGACACAGAAUCUGUGGCUUAGAGAAAAGGAGACCUUCCUGCCGAGCACAGACUGACACUCUAUUUUGGAGCCUGCUUCAAAUCAUGGGACUCAUGGAGAUGAGAUCUUUCAGCUGGAUUUUAUGACAUGGUCUCUUUACAAUCUUAUGAAUAAAAGGAGAGAACAUAUCAGAUGAUA